CCAAGAGCCUUCUUAAAUUCCCUUAAAUUCAAUUGGGUAUUCCUCAGAUACUACCAGCAUGCGCUGCUUGUGCUUUACUCACUCGUACCCAUAACCUUGCCUUCUUUGCUCUGCUCUUCCUCUAUAAAUAUACAAACAUAAUACGUAUUUGUUUAUGGCUUUUAGGUGUGCUUCAGCUUCUGCUCCAUUUUCCCACGUCGCUUCUUCCCUUUCUUCUUCUUUUCAUUUCCGGGUAAGCUUGUUUAGAAGACCAUAUAAUGACCAACGAGAGAGGACAGAACGGCCCAGAAAUGCUAAAGUGCUGAAGUUGAAGGGGUUUCUAAGGAGACAAAAUGUACUUUGUGCUACUUUGAAAGACCAAUCUCCGUACACUGAGAUCAAACCUGUUGAUUCAGAACUGUUAAGUGACAAUCCUGAUCCUGAAGAUAUAACUCCGGUUGGCUUAUCAUCUGUUCAUUUUGACGGAAGUGAUGGAAGACCUGGUUUUAUUUCAUUUUACAAUCGCCAAUACAAAAGAGACGAUGAAGUCAUUUCUAAUGUGCAGAGGAAUCAGAACAGCUUGCUAUGGUUUAUUGGUCCUGCUGUUCUUGUGGCAUCUUUCAUUUUGCCCUCACUUUAUUUACGUAGGAUACUUUCAAUGAUAUUUGAGGACUCCUUAUUAACAGAUUUUCUCAUAUUGUUCUUCACAGAAGCACUUUUCUAUUGUGGCGUUGCCAUUUUUCUUCUGUUAAUUGAUCGUCUAAGGAGGCCUACUGGACUAGAUUCUACAGCAGAAACCUUGGCCUCUCACUUAGGUCAACGCAUCUCUUCUGUUGCUAUUCUUGUGCUCAGUCUCAUAACUCCCAUGGUGACAAUGGGUCUAGUCUGGCCCUGGACUGGUCCUGCAGCAUCUGCUACUCUCGCCCCUUACCUGGUUGGUAUUGUUGUCCAGUUUGCCUUUGAGCAGUAUGCAAGAUAUCAGAAGUCACCUUCAUGGCCUGUCAUCCCGAUAAUUUUCCAAGUUUACAGAUUGCAUCAGCUGAAUAGAGCUGCUCAACUAGUGACAGCCCUGUCAUUCACAGUGAAAGGUGCUGAAAUGACUACAUACAACAUGGCAAUAAACAGCUCUUUGGGAACACUUUUGAAUGUACUCCAGUGCCUUGGGGUUAUCUGCAUUUGGUCACUCUCAAGUUUCCUCAUGAGGUUCUACCCUUCCACCACCAGGAUUACAUAGCGCGGAUGCAUUUCAUGUUCAGAAGGUUGGUGAAACUGUCAGUACAUGUUAUUUUUCGAGAAGACUGCAUUUGAUCUUACUAAAUGUAAUUAAAAAUAUAUUGGACCUGGCAUAUGCUGUUUGGUUACGCUCUGCUGUGAAUUUUUCAAGCAUAUCAAAAACUUCCUUAAGCAUCUUGGAACACAGGUUUUCCAUGCUGAAGAGAGCCAAAGCAGUUAAGAUUUCUAUGCCGGACCUAAUCUGACAAUCAAAGCAGUAAGCAACGUUAGAAUUUUAUUUAUUUAUUUAUGAGCAUGAAAUCCCAACUUUGUAUAUUGAUAUUUUCCCCUUAUGCAUAGUCGAGAUAUGGCAAGUUAACCUUGAAGGUUAUCAAAACCGGUACCAGUGAUUGAAUUUUCAAGUAAGGGUAACACAUCUAUGAAACUUGAUCUGUAGAAUCUGUCUGAUGUUGUGUUCAUUGAAUUGUGAAAGUUUUUAUUCA